UCGCGCACUCUUUUCUUCUUAUUCAUCGAGGAAGUCGACUUCUGUCCGCGCGGCGCAGAACGCACCAGAUGAGCAGCGCAGAGGGAAAAGACCAGCGCAGCGCCGCCAUCGGCAAGAAGGCCAAAAUGAGCGGAGACGGCUCGGCGCUGCACUCAGACGGCAUCCCUCCGGACGCGCUCAGUAAGGUGCAGGAGUACCUGGAGCCGUUCCACGUGUCUCUGGAGAAGCUGCGGGAGGUUUCUGCUCGGCUGAGGAAGGAUCUGGUUCGAGGUUUGGGGAAACACACUCACCACAAGGCGCCCGUCAAGAUGCUGCCCACCUUCGUCAGGGCCACGCCAGACGGGACCGAGAAAGGCGACUAUCUGGCGCUGGAUCUGGGUGGGACCAACUUCCGGGUGCUUCACGUCCGUGUGGUGGAGGAGGAGCAGAAGGUGCUGAAGAUGGACAGUCAGAUCUGUGCCAUUCCCAAAGAAAUGAUGCUGGGACCUGGAGAACAGUUGUUCGACCACAUCGCCGCCUGUCUCAACGACUUCCUGGUGUCUCAGAAUCUGAAGGGUCAAACUCUUCCUCUGGGCUUCACCUUCUCCUUCCCCUGCGAACAGAAAGAAAUCGACAAGAGCAUCCUGAUCCGCUGGACCAAAGGCUUCAACUGCUCCGGAGUGGAGGGCCAAGAUGUGGUGAAGCUCCUGAAGGAGGCCAUUCACCGGAGAGGGGACUUUGAGAUAGGCUCAGUUGCCAUGGUGAACGACACAGUGGGCACGAUGAUGAGCUGCGGCUACAGAGACCAGAGCUGUGAGAUCGGCAUGAUCAUCGGAACGGGAACCAACGCCUGCUACAUGGAGGAGAUCAAGAACGUGAGGCGCGUGGAGGGCGAGGACGGCCGCAUGUGCAUCAACACGGAGUGGGGCGGCUUCGGGGACGACGGCGGCCUGAAGGACGUCCAGACGGAGUUUGAUGUCGCGGUGGACGAGACGUCCAUCAACCCCGGCGUCCACACCUUCGAGAAGAUGAUCAGCGGCAUGUAUUUGGGAGAAAUCGUUCGGCUUCUGCUGGUGAGGCUGACCGAGAACCAGCUGCUGUUCGGGGGCCGGACGUCGGAGGCGCUGCUGACCCCGGACGCUUUCGAGACUAAGUUCAUGUCUGAGAUUGAGGAGCGGGACGGCGGUCUGGAGAACACGAAGAAGAUUCUGACCGAGUUGGGAUUGCAAUGGGACGCGGUGGACUCGCGCAUCGUGCGUCUGGUUUGCAACGCCGUCUCCUCGCGCUCCGCUCGCCUGUGCGGCGCCGCCCUGGCGACGCUCGCCAACCGGAUCCGGAUCAACCGCCGCCUGGAGCAUCUAAAGACCACCGUGGGGGUGGACGGGACGGUCUACAAAAAACACCCCAAUUUCAGCGAGGAGCUCCAGGCGACGGUGCGCCUCCUCGCCCCCGAGUGUGACAUCACCUUCCUCGUCUCGGAGGAUGGCAGCGGGAAGGGCGCUGCCAUGGUAACGGCGGUGGCGCAGCGGCUGGCUCACCAGUCCCGCUUGUUGGAGGAGAGUGACGGUGAGAUCGACGAUGAAGAGGAGGAAGAUAUCUAGUUUUUUUUCCAGUAUUGUCAUCCAACUCGAUUGACAUAAGUAUGUUUUGUUUCUGUGAGUCAAGCUUUUGUUUUUCUUUUGUUUUUCUAUUUUGUUGAUGGGAAUGUUCGUUGUACUACUCUUCUAUCUCUAUGGAGCCAGCUAAGAUGGAGAAAAAGAAAACUAGUAAACAUGGAUGUAAACAAUGCAGGAUGUAAAGAACAUUUCAAAUGUGACUAUUGUUUGUUUCCAAGAAAGCUCCACAGUGAUGGAGUGUAAAUGUAGAAAAUUCAUAUUUUUAUAAAUGCUUAUAUCAGAGUAAAUGCUUAUAUCAGAGCCAAAAGAACCACAAAUAAUAUGAUUCAAAAAAAGUUAUGAAUCGUCAGAUAAUGAGAUGAAUUGAAAUGUUAAUGCGAUUUUUCAGGAAAUAUAUUUUUUAUUAUCAUAUAUGUAUUAUUUAUCAGUGAUUUAAUUAUUCAUAUUCACCAUUUACCACUGGGGGUGGCUAAACCUCAUUAUUUUUAAAUUACCUGUCAUUCAAUUCAAAUCCCUGUUUUCAGUUGGAAUGUUUUCCCCUGUUUACUUGAAUUAACUCCAGUUUUAUUUCUCUUGAUAACAAAAUAAUAUUUUAGUUGUUAACUGAAAUAGAAAUACAUCAGCUUACAUAUUUCUGGAAGGCAGAUUCACAAUCAGUGUUCCAGUUUCAUAAGCAGCUGAGAUACAGAGAUAUUAAAUAUAGAAAAUAUAUAUAAGCACAUAAUAAUGGAUUUUAGGGUGAGUGGAAAUAUAUUAUUGUUUUUUGCGGAUUUGCACUCUUUAAUAAAUAAGCACCUUUUUUUAAAGAAAGAGAGAAAGAAUGGGCCAAUCAAAGCGUUGAUAUAUUUUUAUAUGAGAGCAGCGGUCCAAUCAAAGAUCUUGUAUUUUCAGAAAAGAGGAAGCCGCACAAUGCAAAGCGUUUUACUGCUUCUGGGUCCAUUCCGUUGUUUUGUGUUCUGAGAAGAACGAAACGAGCCUCUUGGUGGCCGUCAUGUGGCCGCUGGGCUUUAAGUCUGUUACUUUCCGUUGCUACUCUGUUCUUCUGCUCGUGGAAGUUAAGGAGCUGCGUCCAGCUUCCUGCCGCGUUGAUUCACAGGGCAACGUUUUGAUGUCGUUAGAUUUACAGCAGGUGUUACAGUUCGUUGCAACUGGAGCCUUAAAAAGAGCAGAAAUGGAGGAAGGGUCGGUGUG